CGAAUUUCCUAUUUAAAUUCUGAUAUUCUUUUAUUACUGGGACCAAUGGCUUCAACGCAGUUCGCCUUGACCUCCCCGCCAGCGGACGCCAUCUCCGCCGUCAAGUUUUCUCCGUAUCCAAAUUCCACGCGUUUAGUAGUGUCGUCAUGGGAUAGAUAUGUAUAUGUAUACGAUCUGCGCGAUGAGAACGGAGCUGUGGGCGAAGGAAAACUCUUACACAAAUUCAAACACCGAGCACCUGUGCUAGAUGUCUGCUUUGGGGAGAACGAGAAUGUGCUAUAUACGGCAGGGUUGGAUUGGGAUGUCAGGAGAAUCGAUGUUCCCACCGCCACACAAACAGUCCUCAGCACACACAGAAGUGGAGUGAAAUCUGUCGUCUACAGCAAAGAGCACAACCUCCUAAUCUCCGCCUCCUGGGACUCGACCAUACACAUCCACCGCACCGCUAACCCCGCCAACCCAUCAACCCAAGCAGAAUCCCUCCCUACAAUAUCCCCCGCCACAAUCCCCCUCCCCGCAAAGCCCUUCUCCGUCUCUCUCUCCCCAACAAAGCUCGUCGUCGCCAUGGGGUCACGCACCGUGUACAUCUACGACUUGCACGCCCUAUCAACUUUCCUCGACCAAUCCAGCAACGCUGGCCCCGAAACCCACACCCAGUCAAUCGAACCCUGGCAGCGCCGCGAAUCAAGUCUCAAAUUCAUGACGCGCGCCGUAGCCUGCAUGUCCAACGACGCUGGCUAUGCCUCCUCCAGCAUCGAAGGCCGCGUCGCGGUCGAAUGGUUCGAUCCCUCCGACUCCUCACAGGACCGCAAGUACGCAUUCAAAUGCCACAGGCAGCAGACACCGGAUGAGCCCGGUGUCGAUGUUGUGUACCCCGUCAACGCACUGGCGUUUCACCCGGUCCAUGGCACCUUUGCCUCUGGUGGUGGGGACGGGGUUGUGGCGCUGUGGGAUGGCGUGGCAAAGAGGCGGAUUCGACAGUAUCAGCGCUUUCCGGCGAGUGUGGCGGCGUUGGCUUUUAGCAGCGAUGGGAGGUAUUUGGCCAUUGGGGUUUGUUCCGGGUUUGAGGAGGGGAAGGAGAGGGAGCAGGAGGACGCGGCUGAAGGGGUGGUGAAGGUGUUUAUUAGGGAGCUGGGAGAGAGUGAGGCGAAGGGGAAGGGAACGAAAUGA